AUGCUGACCUAUCUCGCAACGACAAUCAUAAGGCUACAUUCGUUCUCACACAUACUGGCCCAGAAGGCUGCUCGAGAUCGUAGCCUAGCUGCUCCAGUUUUUGGGCUCGAAGAAGAACAGGAUGGAGUACUCCUAGGAAGAUUGGAUAAGCCGGUUGGUAAGGACUCAGUUGAAGGUAUCGUCCUGGAGAUGGAACACAGACGCAAGAGCGGACGUGGUGUUUUAGAGUGGUAUAUAUUACCCCCGGCAUCAAGAUACUCGCCUCAGCAUUUGAAAGAGGUUGUAACUCUGCUUGACGACCAUCCCUUGUAUCGUCCACCGGAGGAGCCAGAGGCUGGAACAGGCGAAGAAGAGCCCGAGUCUACUUUUGAAUUGCGGCUCACCGAUAGACAACGGAGAGAAAGAGAGGGGGUGGUGCUGCCAUACUUCGAUGCACAGCAAGGUGACGGCCCAGGAGAAGGUGGGCGCAUUUUGUACGACAUGGGAGAGGAAGACGACUUCGACGAGGAAGAAGAUGAAAUAUAA